AUGCUUUUCGGUGGCUCGAAGAAAGAUUAUGAGGAGGAGUCGAAGAUCGGAUUGUAUGUUCGGCAGGAUAAAAGCCACUGCUUUGCGGCGCCGUACGAGUCCACAGGCGUCGUGAGCUCUCGCGGCAGCACAUGGAAAGAAUGGCUCACACUUGGUCCUCUCGGACCGCAACAAAUAUUUUAUUUAUUCGUCAUGCACACUUUCGGUGCAGCCAUACUUUCUGGAGCGGCCAACUUCGGCGUGGCCUGUGCCAUGUACCGCACGACUUCGCUUCCUAUUCGAAUGUGGCCUCUAAGUGAAAAUACUAUUGCAGGUGAUAUGGGUGUGACAGUAGUUAUCCAACAAAUUGUCACGUAUAUUGUCACCUCUACGCUCUGCAAUUUUGAUCUACGACAUGGAACACGGUCGCUCACGCGUCCCUGGCCACCGAUGAUGCAUUUUCCUUCGACAUCUGUCUCUACUGGCUCUUGGUUCGGUGUCAAAAUGCCCAGUGAGGUAGAGCAAUCGGGACGUCGGCUCUAUAUGGGCAAUGCAGAAAACAAAUCACGCUUUGUUCAGUUCUGCUUGUGGUUUUUGCGCGCUACUUGCACAGGCAGCGAACGGAAUAUCAUUUUUGAUCGAGGGCUUACUCACCGGCACCGCUUCGAGCGCGUGCUUUGGACCGCUUUGCAAGGUGGCUGGUGGGCUGUCAUCACAUUCUGGUGGUAUUGGCCGAUUGCCAUCGCUAUCACCGCACCUCUCUAUGACCACAAGAAUAUGCAUGGGACAUGGAUUCCACCCAUUAUCAAGCUCCUUUUUGGUGGGAUUAUGGGUAUGAUUACGAAUCCGCUGAUGGCAAUGAUGGCCCUCGGCGCCGAAUGUCACGUCCAUCGUUUUUACCCUGGGCAUGAACUCUGGUCAGAAAGCGAGACAGCUUAUCCCUCUACCGAAUCGGAGUCAAGCGUGGAUCAUCAAGCCAUACCCCCACCAGCACCGAACGAUCCCGAUACUUGCAUUGUUAGUGUAAAGUAA